GUGUGUGUGUCCUUAUAUAUAAUAUAAGCAACAAAGUUACUUAGUGAGCCAUGAAUGGAAUUGGUCCAAGACUGGUAGUAGCUAUAGACUUGAAGAAAAGGCCAUGGGAACAAGCACAACCACUUCAUAACCGAUGGCAUCCUGACAUACCUUCAGUUGCAGAGGUUAAUCAAGGACAAGUGUUUAGAGUAGAGAUGGUAGACGCCAGUGGUGGCACAAUAACACACUCUUACGAUGCUGAAGACAUCAAACAUGUUCAACUCUCUAUUGUGCAUUACCUCAGUGGCCCCAUCCGAGUUGUUGACAUGGAAGGUGUUCCGGCCAUGCCUGGGGAUCUUCUCGCAGUUGAAAUCUGCAAUCUGGGUCCUCUUCCAGGUGAUGAAUGGGGUUAUACUGCAACAUUUGACAGAGAAAAUGGAGGUGGAUUUUUAACUGACCAUUUCCCUUGUGCAACCAAAGCAAUUUGGUAUUUUGAAGGAAUUUACACAUACUCACCUCAAAUACCAGGUGUGAGAUUUCCGGGAUUAACCCAUCCUGGAAUAAUUGGAACUGCACCAUCAAUGGAACUAUUAAACAUAUGGAACAAAAGGGAAAAGCAACUUGUAGAAAACGGGCUCGAUUCCUUUAAGUUAUGUGAAGUUCUUCACUCUAGACCACUGGCAAAUUUACCAACACCCAAAGGCUGCAUUCUGGGAAAGAUAAAAAAGGGCACAACUGAGUGGGAAAGGGUAGCAAGCGAGGCUGCAAGGACAAUCCCGGGAAGAGAAAAUGGAGGAAACUGCGACAUUAAAAAUCUUAGCAGAGGCUCAAAAAUAUAUUUACCUGUAUUUGUGGAAGGUGCAAAUCUUAGUACUGGUGACAUGCAUUUUUCUCAGGGUGAUGGUGAAGUUUCAUUCUGCGGAGCAAUCGAAAUGAGUGGAUUCUUAGAACUCAAGUGCGAAAUUAUUAGGAAUGGAAUGAAAGAAUAUCUAACACCCAUGGGACCAACUCCACUUCAUGUAAACCCGAUUUUCGAGAUAGGUCCAAUGGAACCUCGAUUCUCAGAAUGGUUAGUAUUUGAAGGCAUUAGUGUUGAUGAAAGUGGAAGACAACAUUACCUCGACACAACUGUAUCAUAUAAACGUGCGGUGCUCAAUGCAAUUGAUUACCUCUCCAAAUUUGGAUACUCCAAAGAACAGAUGUAUCUUUUACUAUCAUGUUGCCCUUGUGAAGGAAGAAUUUCAGGAAUCGUCGACGCACCUAAUGCUGUUGCUACUCUUUCAAUUCCAACAACUAUUUUUGAUCAGGAUAUCCGUCCUAAAUCAAGCAAAGUACCGGCAGGACCCCGGUUAGUCAGGAAGCCGGACGUCUUGAGAUGCAGUUACGAUGGAAACUUGCCAGUCACAAAGAACCCCGGUGGUGCGACAUAAUUUAAUCUAUGGAUCAUCUCAAUUAAAAAAGCACACUUGUGUGGUUUUGUUUCUCAAAUAAUCCAUACUUAUAGUUAUUAGUACUUAUUCCUGUUGUGUAAAUGUAUGUACACUGAAUUUCCCGAUGUUGUUGUACCCGUAAAUAAACCAUAAUUCUAAUAUAUAAUGCACCGAUCCUAAAAAA